CGGGGGUGGGCGGAGCCUAGAGGGAGAGGUCAAAGGGCAGUAAAUAGUGGUGAUGUCAGGCGGGCAAGAUGGCGGAAGGGGAGGAUGGAGGCUGGUGGAGAAGCUGGCUGCAGCAGAGCUACCAGGUUGUCAAAGAGAAGUCCACAGAAGCCCUGGAAUUCAUGAAACGGGACCUAACUGAAUUCAGCCAGGUGGUACAGCAUGACACAGCGUGUACCAUCGCAGCCACUGCCAGUGUGGUCAAAGAAAAGCUGACUACUGAAGGUUCUUCAGGAGCGACAGAGAAGAUGAAGAAAGGACUAUCUGACUUUCUUGGAGUGAUCUCAGACACGUUUGCCCCUUCCCCUGACAAAACCAUUGAUUGUGACGUCAUCACCCUGAUGGGCACACCUUCAGGAACCACGGAACUUUAUGAUAGUGCCAAGGCUCGUCUGUACAGCCUGCAGUCAGACCCAGCGACGUACUGCAAUGAGCCCGAUGGGCCUCCAGAGCUGUUUGACACCUGGCUAUCUCAGUUCCAUUUGGAGGAAAAGAAGGAAGAGAUCUCCAGUCUGCUCAUCAGCAGCCCCUCCAUCCGGGCUCUCUAUACCAAGAUGGUCCCAGCAGCUGUUUCCCACUCAGAAUUUUGGCACCGAUACUUCUACAGGCUCCACCACUUAGAACAGGAAGAGGCCCGGAGGGAUGCUCUGAAGCAACGAGCAGAACAAAGUGUUUCUGAGGAACCAGGCUGGGAGGAAGAGGAAGGGACUCUCAGUAACAUCUCAACUGAAUGUGCAGUCCCAAGAAGAGGAAAAAGCUGCUAUGCCGGGCUCUGCCCCAACUUCUGAGGUCUGGCCAGCCAUCCUCAGAGUCCUUCUGAGGAGAGUUUGGGAAUUGUGGCUCCACCCUCAGCAGAGGUCACCCCAUCGGAGAGUAGCGAGAGUGUCUCACUUGUGACCCAGGUCGUCAAUCCCGCUUUUACACCUGAAGCCCCAGCACUGGUGCAGACAGCCUCUUCUAAGGACCUCUCCCAAAAGCUUUUGGAAGCGACAUUGGAAGACCAGGUUCCCCCAGCUGAUGCAGGAGAGACGGGCCCACCUCCUGUGGAACGGCCCAAGCCUUCAAUCCCCAGUGGGCGUCCGAGCAGCUCUGAACCCAAGCCAGGGAUCAGAGUAGAGACUCUGAGAGAGGAGGGACCAACAGACUUACGGGUGUUUGAAUUGAACUCGGACAGUGGAAAGUCCACACCUUCCAACAAUGGCAAGAAAGGUUCCAGUACUGACAUCAGUGAAGACUGGGAGAAGGACUUUGAUCUGGACAUGACUGAGGAGGAGGUGCAGCUAGCUCUGUCCAAAGUUGACGGAUCUGGAGAGCUGGAAGAUGUGGAGUGGGAGGACUGGGAAUGAGGCAGGAGGGCUUGGAGAGAACAGCUCCUCCACACAGGCCUCCACCUCCCUUCUCAGCCUGGUCCUGGACGGCACCAUGGACGCCCGUCUGUCACCCAAUGCUGUCUGUUCCAUCUUCUGAGUACACCCAAUGCCCCUCUCCUGGAGAGAAGUCUCUUCAAGGCCAGACAGUGUCAUGUGACCUGUGCCAAUUCUUGGAUUGGGGGGAGGGGAAUCCUACCACCACCACCUUUGAAGAGCCCUAUUUCUCUGCUGUAAAUCCACUGCCCUCAGGCAGUACCUGCAGUGGCCUCCUGUCCAUCUACCUGCUUGUGUAUGUGGAAGCUAAACCUAGCCCCAGUGGUGCCCUUUGCUCACCUGUUGUCCCCUCCGUGUCCUGUCUUUCAGCUAAAAGAAGGGAGGGAACAGCUUGUGAAAGCCCCUUUCCUGCCUUAGCACCAUUUCCUUCUUUUCUCCCUUGUGUCUUUCCCCACCCUACCAUAGGUGGCCUUCUUUGUCUGACUCUACUGGCUGGGGGAGUGAAGGAUGACAUACAUUCACUUGUCCUCUGGGGAAUGUCGGGGCUUCCUGUCCCUUAGUGAAAGACUGUUCAUUUGUGGAAAUGUCCAUGUCUUAGGGGACUCCUCUUCCUUUGCCAGGCCUUUUCUUCUCUGUUCAUAAGGCUCACGUGAUCUUUGUCUUUCAGUUCUAAGUAGGCACCUACUGUAGUAGUGAUUGGGGACCAAAUGCUGCCCACCACCAUCAUCACCACAAUCCUGGUAUUUCACACCACCCCCUCUGCCAGUGCCUCUGUGAUAGCACCUGCUUCUCAAACAUUCAAGGAACUGAGACCAGCACAGGCUUUUCUGUCUGUGAGGACAUGCUCUUCUUGCAUUUCUUGCUCUGUUCUCUCCUUUGGCCACUCUGAGCCAGGAGGAGCAGCCUUCGAGCCCUUCUCUUGUUCCUUGGGGGGGGGGGAACCUUCUCCAGUCCUUUUCCUUGGAGUCUAGGAAAUACACCAUGUGGAAUGUAACUGCUUCACAAGCAGGAUAGAAGGUACAGUGACAGUCCCUGAGAACCCUCUUCCAGCCUUCAUUGGGUGAGCCAUGAGACACCCCCCACCCCCACUGCUUCUCCUUGGGGCAGGCUCACACUCAUCUACACCUGCCUCCUGACAACAUUUGGCCAGUGUGGAUUUCCCCCCUUUCUUAAAUGUCCAUGGUUCUGGGGAGAUAAAGAAGAACUGUCUUCAGUCUCUCUUUGCCGCUUUCUCUGGGUGGGGAGGGGUUUGCCAGGGUUCCUGAACGCCCUCAGGCUGCUCCCUGCUGCUGUCCUGUGGACUCAAGUACAUAGGCCAGUGUGUUGGACAGCCAUUUUAAAAGGGUCUUGAGGUCACGGGGUAAGGGGAGGGUGGCAGUCAGUCAUGUUCAUCAAGAAAGUCAAGCUGGGGAAAAUGCUGAAUCUUUCUCCAGGGGUGGGAGGGUGGUGAUUUUUUCUUUGUAAUGUUUAGUUUAACCUUUUUGGUUGUUUGUGCAAUAUUAUAUAUUUUAAAUUAUAAUGCACCUCCCCAGAGCAUUUUGUAGCUGGGAAAAAGAAAAAAAAGAUUCUAACAGCUGUUAGUUUUGUAAUUUAAAAACCCCACAAAGAAACUUUGUCCUGAACCUUUUGCAGACUUGCAGUUAACAGCUAUUAAAGACAUUCGAGUUA